CACCAAAGAAACCUAACAGCCCGGCCACGGCUUUGAAAGAUCACCCUCAAAGGAAAAACCCUGCCAUUAUCAAAUAGACCCUUCCAAGGUUCCAUAUUUGCUUCUGCGAUACCUCCCCAGUCUUCGCUGUUUUCCUACCAUGGCCUCCAAUGUUGCUACACCGAGAGCCGGGGAUGCAGACAGUAGCUUGGAGAAGAUCAAGCGGCAGUUGGCAUCCGGUUCCGGCAGGAAUUUGCUGCAGGGCCCACUUCUCAAGCGAUCCGAGACCCUGAGGAAAUGGAACGAGCGGUGGGUGAUCUUGGACCCAACGACUGGAAGAAUGGAAUACAAGAUCAGGAGAAAUGAGCCAGCUGUUAAGGGAUCCAUUAUAUUUGAUGCAAAUAGCACGAUUACCAUAUCUCCUGUCAACUUCCAUGGACUACCAAGGUAUGAUGGCUGUUGUUUCUAUAUUGGGACCCCCCAGAAAAAGGACUACUUCCUUUGCGCAGAGACUCCUGGUGCAGCUAGAGCUUGGGUGUCAACUUUACAUGCAACACAGUUGGUUCUGAGGGCCCAUAAAGAGGCUGUGAAUUCCUUAAGUGGGAAUGGUUCUGCAAAAUUAGGAACAGUUGCAACGGUAGUUUCUGCUGCUAAUUCGACGGCCCUUGAAUGUUCUAAAGAAAUUGAAGCAGCAAUGCAGAUUUCUUUAAGAAAUGCUCUAGGAAUGGUGACAAAUAAAAUAAGCGAUGGUCCAAUGGAUGAUCUAGCAAUCAUGAGGGAGACACUGCGAGUCAAGGAUGAAGAACUGCAGAAUUUGGCUCGGGACCUUCGUGCACGGGAUUUAACAAUAAAAGAUAUAGCAGAGAAAUUAUCUGAGACUGCCGAAGCUGCUGAGGCUGCUGCAUCUGCUGCUCAUACAAUGGAUGAACAAAGGAGAAUUGCAUGUGCACAAAUUGAGCGUCUUAAAAGAGAUUCAGAGAAGCAGCUGGAGUCAUCUAUGUCAAAGCUAAAAGAAUCUGAACAAAAGGUUAUGGCUGUGAAUAAAGAAAGAGAGCAAUUGAGCAAACAGAGAGACUCUGCUAUCCAGGAGGCACAUAUGUGGCGUUCUGAGCUUGCAAAAGCUAGAGAGCGUGUUGUUAUAUUAGAAGCAGCUGUUGUGAGAGCAGAAGAAAGGGUCAGGGUUACAGAGGCAGAUGCUGAAGCUAGAAUAAAGGAGGCUAUACAGAAAGAAUCAAUUGCUGUGAAUGAAAAGCAAGAGCUUCUGGCAUAUGUAAACAAGUUACAAGCACAACUUCAAAGACAUCAGAUUGAUACUAAGCAAAUUUUUGAGGAGAAGACUGAGUCUUGCCCGGGUAUUGAUAAUACUCUUCCAUUGACAAAGCAUGUAGACUUGUCGGAGGAGAAUGUGGAUAAAGCAUGUCUCAGUGUUUCUAGGGCGAUACCAGUCUCUGGAGAGAGUGUAGUCCAUAUGGCAGCAGAUCAGGUGAACCUCCACAUUCAUGAUGGUGAAUGGAGUGAUAUUCAGGCAAAUGAGGCAAGGAUAGCUGAUGUAAGAGAAGUUGCUCCCGAGACUGAAGGCAGCAGCUUGGAUAUUCCUGUUGUUAGUAACCACCACGAACAAGGAGCGAACUCUUUUCAUCGGCCUUGAUAUUAAUAACUAUAUUUACAUUAAAAAGAAAAUUUUUAUAUGUAGGGAUUGACACAGUUUCAGGUACAGAAGAAAUGUGAACUUCAUCGUUGUAUUUCUUUCCUCUGAUUUCUUUCAAAACCCAACUAUAGAUGGAGUAAAGUCUAUGUCAUGGUACUCAAUUGCUUUCUGUUGUGGGGUUCUGAAAUUCUAUAGUGUACGUUACCGGCUUCAUAGUAACAAUUUGUUAUGAUUCCGUA